UCUACUCACAGUGAUCCCGCCCCACUUGACGUAGGUUUCACCCACAAUCCCUCUCGCGGUCACAUCAUGGCAGACGAGCAGACGCAAGAGCUGCUGUCCGCAGCUGCAAAAAUGCAGAUUUUGCCGAACGGAGACUCUCACCUUCCCAAAGAAGACGCGGAUCCCGUUGACGAGACCGGGAAGAAGAAGAAAAAGAAGAAGAAGAAGGGAAAAGCGGCAGCCGUAGGGAACCAUGAGGGUGAAGGAGAGUCUGACAUCACCAAAGUGGCCAAACAAAUGGAGCAACAAACUUUAGAAGACCAAGAGAAAGAGGACGAGCCAGAGGAUGAUGGUGAGGAGGGAGAUUCAACUGGAAAGAAAAAGAAGAAGAAGAAGAAAAAGAAAGGCCCCAAAGUUCAAACAGAUCCUCCAUCUAUUCCCAUCUGUGAGCUUUAUCCCAGUGGAGUUUAUGCCAAGGGCCAGGAAUGUGAAUAUCCACCUGUGCAAGAUGGACGUAGUGCUGCAUGGCGGACGACCAACGAGGAGAAGAAGUUUUUGGAUCAGGCUAAUGAGGACAUGUGGAAUGACUUCAGACAGGCUGCCGAGGCCCACCGGCAGGUCAGGAAGUACGUCAUGAGCUGGAUCAAGCCGGGAAUGACCAUGAUCGAGAUCUGUGAGAAACUGGAGGAUUGUUCUAGGAAGUUGAUCAAGGAAAAUGGUCUGAAUGCUGGUUUGGCUUUUCCGACCGGCUGCUCGCUGAACCAUUGCGCGGCUCACUACACUCCUAAUGCGGGAGACCCCACUGUUCUCCAGUACGACGACGUCUGCAAGAUCGACUUCGGCACGCACAUUAAUGGUCGAAUCAUUGACUGUGCCUUUACUGUCACCUUCAACCCAAAGUACGACAAACUGCUGGAGGCUGUGAAAGAUGCCACAAAUACUGGAAUUAAGUGUGCAGGUAUUGAUGUUCGCUUGUGUGACAUUGGAGAAUCAAUUCAAGAGGUUAUGGAGUCUUACGAAGUGGAGCUUGAUGGAAAAACGUAUCAAGUCAAACCAAUCAGAAAUCUCAAUGGACACUCUAUUGGACAGUACCGAAUACAUGCAGGCAAGACAGUGCCCAUAGUGAAAGGAGGUGAAGCCACCAGGAUGGAGGAAGGAGAGGUUUAUGCCAUCGAGACCUUUGGGAGCACUGGGAAAGGCAUGGUGCAUGAUGACAUGGAGUGCUCCCAUUACAUGAAAAACUUUGAAGUUGGUCAUGUGCCAAUAAGACUCCCCAGAGCCAAGCACUUGUUGAAUGUGGUCAACGAGAACUUCGGCACUCUCGCCUUCUGCCGCCGCUGGUUGGAUCGCCUCGGCGAGACCAAAUAUUUAAUGGCGCUGAAGAACCUCUGUGACCUGGGCAUCAUUGACCCCUACCCGCCUCUGUGCGACACCAAAGGCUGCUACACGGCCCAGUUUGAACACACCAUCCUGCUGAGACCCACUUGCAAGGAGGUGGUCAGCCGAGGAGAUGAUUACUAGGCCUCCCCGUCACCAGUUUUUAUAACUCUGUCCUCUGCUUUCUUAUCACAUGAGUAUUUGAUGGGUAAAGGCCUGAGUAAGUUAAUAAGCCGUGCCUUCUCAUUUUUAACAUGCUAGUAAUUUGUUUGUAUAAAGGAUGGAUGGACGUAUAAGUCCUCUGUGAUGUCCCCUUGUGUAACUCACUGGCACAGAUGUGUACUGAUCACCCACCCGUAAAGUGCUCUAGAACCAUUUUGCAAAUGCAGACAACAAUAUAGUGCACUUUUUGUUUGAUCAAUAUGAGCAACCCAGGGAAAUGUGAAGUCAAAACCACAUUUUCAAUAUCGUCUGGAUUAGGCUGUGUUACACAUUUGGUAUUGCACUUUUUUUUUUUUUUUUGUACACAAAUCUUGCCCUAAGAGAGAUUUGGAAAUGUUCAAGUUUUGAUUAAUUUUCUUUAUCAAGUGCUGUUUCUCCUUUUCAGUUUGUAGUUUUUGAUUCAAUUAUCCAUUUAGGGUGAAAAAGAGAACAAGACAUUUACUGGUGGGAUUUGGCUUUAUUCUUUAGCGCAAGAACAGACUUUAAUGUAACAUAGACCCUCAGAUACUAAAAUACUCAUUGAAACUCAUGCUUUCCUCUAAGAGCGGGCACUCAUAAGUGGCGAUGAUACGUAAACAUCUAUAUUUUGGCUAUGCUUGAUUUCGGGUAAAGCCUGUUUGAAAUCAAUCUCCUUUCUCGGAAUAAAGCACAUGUGGUGUUUUAUUUUGAAGUACAAAUAAAAUUUAUAAGAAAUUGUGAUCUGCAA